AUGCCUGCCUUACUUUAUUCAACAUCGACGAAGGGUGAUUUAUUCAAGUACCAGGACAGCCUUCCUUCGCUACCUGUUCCUCCAUUGGAGCAUACGUUGACAUUAUAUAAGAAGUCCAUCGUUCCUUAUUAUCCAAUGGGUCAGCAGGAUCCAAACUACUUGAAGUCUUGUAAAAUAAUAGAUGAAUUCGGUAAAGAAAAGGGAUCUCAGUUACAAAGACGUUUGCUUAAAUUCUCUAAGGGUCAUAGAAACUGGUUGAGCCAUAUUUGGGAUGAAUACGCCUAUCUUGCAUACAGAGACCCUGUGUCUCCAUUUGUCUCCUAUUUUUUUUCUCACAAAGAUCUUAAUACCUUCAUUGGUAAGGAUCAAAUCUUGAAGGCUUCGGCACUUUCUUUUCAAAUACUUAGAUUCAUGGAAGCCAUUGAAAAGGAAGCAUUGGAGCCUGAGCUUAUUAAAGGUAAUCCUUAUUGUAUGGAGAGCUUCAAGUGGAUGUUCAAUAAUUGCCGUGUUCCCAAAUUACCUGCAGACGAUACUGUGAAGUUUAGGCCGGAAGAAAAUAGGUUUAUGACAGUGAUUAGCAAUGGUUAUAUUUACAAGUUGCACCAUCACAACCCUGAUACUUGCGAAAUACUUGCUCCUGCAGAUCUCUAUGCAGGCAUUGAUGCUAUUUAUGAAGACGCACAUAGCAAGCCCCCUUGCAAGAAUCCGGUUGGGAUUUUGACCUCAUCCAACAGAGAUGUGUGGGCUCAAAACUAUAGCGAAUUAUGUAAGAAUCCUGUCAACACAAUGUCUCUCGAGCAAAUUCAAAGAUCCUCAUUUGUACUCUGCCUCGAUGAUAACUUUCCGUCUACGGUGGCAGAGAAAAGUCGCAACUGCUGGCACGGAAAUGGGUUCAACAGAUGGUUUGACAAACCUGUGGAGAUCUUUGUGGCCAAAAACGCAAGCUCUGGAUUCCUUGGAGAGCAUUCUAAGAUGGACGGUACCCCAACUUUAAGAAUGAAUGAUUGGGUUGUUAAACAAGUGUCUAAAAUGAGUGCUGAAGACUUCGAGACAGGACCACAAUCUGAGCAUGGAAUUAGCUACUCAGAGUUGAAGUUUGAAAUCAAUCCUACUAUGAUGGCAGCUAUCUCUAAGGAGUUGGCCACUUUUAACAAUACUGUCAACUCGUUAGACAUCAAUGUCUGGCACUACUUUGGAGUAGGUAAAGACCAAAUCAAACAGUUCAAGACUUCUCCCGAUGCUUUCAUUCAGAUGCUUAUACAAUUGGCAUAUUACAAGUACACUGGAACCGUAAGACCAACCUACGAAAGUGCCUCCACUAGAAAAUACUUUAGCGGUAGAACAGAGACCUGUAGAUCGGUGUCUGAGGAGUCUUUAAAGUUUGUAAGAGACUGGGAAGAUCCAACAAAAUCUUUAGCAGAGAAGACUGCCUCUUUCAGAAAGGCCAUCACUGCUCAUGUUCAAUAUAUCAAGCAAGCAAGCGAUGGCCUUGGAGUCGACCGUCAUCUCCUUGGAUUAACUCAAAUGCUCACUAAGGAAGAGGAAAAGCCCGCUAUUUUUACUGAUCCAAUAUUUUCAUACUCUCAGCAUUGGUACGUAUCCACGUCACAAUUGAGCUCCUCUCAGUUUAACGGUUAUGGGUGGUCUCCCGUUGUUCCUGAAGGAUUUGGUUUGGCAUAUAUGAUCAACAAAGAUUGGUGCCAUGUCAAUAUCACGGUUUUCAAGAACAAUCCUUUGGGACUAAGAGCUGACGUUAUGGCAUACUAUCUUACCGAGUCUAUGAAUGAACUAAAAGAAGUCCUUUCCAGGGAACCUAUCAAGGCCAAACUAUGA